AUGAAGACCUCCUUCGCCGCUGUUGCUCUUGCCCUCUCGGGCUCUGCCAUGGCUGCUCCAUUCUCCAACGGAACUCGCCCUGCGUUCACUUCUACUCCUCGUUCGACUUCUGCUCAGAUGUCGUCGACCAGCGCUUCUCUGCCCCACUCAUUCGCUUCCAGCACUGGGUUGCCUUCUGGAAGCCCCUCUUCCGGCGCACUACUCCCUAGUGGUAGUGCUGUGAAACGUGGAGAGGCUCUCUCUAUCCCCACAGAUCUUCCCUCUUUAGCAUCCGAUGCUCAGUCUAUCGCUGCAGCUCUUGCUUCUGUCGGCGCUGGCGCCCAGAAGCGUGGCGAGACAAUUUCAAUUCCUACUGAUCUGCCCUCGCUACUCUCUGAUGCCCAGUCUGUUGGAUCCGCGAUUGCUUCUGCUGGUGCCCAAAAGCGUGGUGACGCUUUGUCUAUUCCCACCGACCUGCCCUCGUUGGUUUCUGAUGCUCAGUCUAUUGGAGCUGCCAUUGCCUCCGCUGGCGCCCAGAAGCGUGGUGAUGCUUUGUCAAUCCCCACCGACCUGCCAUCUUUGUUGUCCGAUGCUCAGUCUCUUGGAGCUGUUGUCGCCUCCGCUGGUGCUCAGAAGCGUUCCCUGAUUCCCACUGGUACUCCCUCCACUCCCCUUGGAACUGCCACUCCUACACCUUCUAGCACUCUGUCGACCCGCCCUGCCUCGUCCGCAUCUGCCAUUCCUGUCGUGUCUUCUUCGGCUGCUGGUUCUGUUUCCUCGUCUGGUCGUCCUGUUCCUACUCCUACCGGUUCAUUCAGCUUGCCUCUGGUCUGA